CGCAAAUCGCAUCGGAACUAAACAUUUCUUCCGUAAAGCGCGCUCGAGUAUCAAAUGACUAUCUGAACAAUCUAGUGUUAGAUCGAGUGUGUACUUUAUCUGUAUUUUCUUUACAGUCGGGGAAGUUACGUCCAUGAAGUAAUCAGUGUCCUUAACACGUGCAUCCGUUCAACAUUUGAGUUUUGGCCAUGGAUGAGUUAAGGGAGAGGAACAUUGUUCUUGCAAAAAUAUGUGAACAAGCUGAACGAUAUGAUGAAAUGGUCAAAGCUAUGAUUGAGAUAGCUACGAAUAGCGAAACUGAGCUAACAGUCGAAGAACGAAACCUUCUAUCUGUCGCAUACAAAAACGUCAUUGGUGCCCGCCGAUCAUCGUGGAGAAUAAUAAAUUCAAAGGAGAGCCAAGAUGAAGCUAAGGGGUCAGACGAAAUACAUAUUACCAAGAGAUUUCGAGAAGAAGUGGAAAAAGAGUUAGACGAAAUAUGCACGAGUAUUUUGAACCUUCUGGAUAAUUGCCUGUUACCAAAAGCUGUUUCAGACGAAUCAAAAGUCUUCUUAAAUAAAAUGAGAGGCGAUUAUUAUCGCUAUAGAGCCGAGUAUUCUGUCGGGAACCAAAGAAAAGAUGCAGCCGAAAACAGUCUUUGUGCAUAUAAAAAAGCGGCAGAGGAUGCUGAAAAACUUCCCAUUACUCAUCCUAUUCGACUAGGUCUUGCUCUAAACUUUUCAGUGUUUUAUUAUGAGAUUCUUAAUAACUGUGAACAAGCGUGCAAGUGUGCAAGAGUAGCGUUUGAUUCGGCUAUCGCUGAACUAGAUACAUUAUCGGAAGAAAGCUACAAAGAUUCAACAAUAAUUAUGCAACUAUUAAGGGAUAAUCUUACACUUUGGACCUCAAAUAAUGAAGGCGAAAAGGAUACUGCUGCUUCUCCUAAGGGUGAUAAGAAGUGACCAUUGACUUUCUAUCCACUUUCUCACCAUAGUAAUACUGAUUGCUUCUUUUUACUCUGUGGAUAUCUCUGGUCAGUAUUUGUAUUCUGCUAAAAUUGUGCAGAGGUUAUUCAAUAUAGAACAAUUUGUCUAACUUUUCUGCUGUUUUUUAAUGCUUACCUUGGGUCCUACUAGGGCUUUUGGAACUUAUUUUGUUUCAAGUCAACAUAAUAACAAAGGUUUUUUGGAUGAAACUAUGAAUUUGAAGUGGGGAGCGAGUACACGGUAAAUCUGAAGACGGAUAGACCUAAAAAGUGCUGUAAGCAUUGCGUUUUCGAGAUCUAAGAGUGUAAUUCAAUCUAUCUGAUAAGAAAGAAAUGGGCCUAUUCUUCACUGAUUCGUAAAUCUAGUGCAUCCGAUAAAAAGUAGUUAGCAUUUAUAAGAAAACUAGGUAGACCUGGAAGUUAUGUUUGAAAUACAAAAGAAAUAGUUGUGCACGAAGGUGGGUUGAUUGUCCUAGAUACUUUCAAGAGGUAUUGAUCCACUUUUAUUGCCAUGAUAUUCUCUUUUGACAACCACAGAUGAAUCACAAACUUAUAUUUUAGUGUCCUUAUUUAUUUACUUAUUUAUUUUAACACAUAGAUAUUGGUACAAGGAGGCACCAAAUACAUAUGCGCCACACAAAUCUCAUUUGAUAUAUGUGAGGGCUGUGAUACUGCCCGGGUGCCCAAACCGAAGCAGGUGGCUUUCUUAGGGGGCUACACCCGGAGCCUUUGACCUGAAGGUCUGAUCCACAAGGCAGUGGAGCGUCGUACGGAGAUGCAGUUCCAUGGUAGCCGGUGACCAACGAUUGGUUCACACGCCACUUGUUCCUUCAGGAUCCUGGAGCCCAUGUGCACCAUUGGUUUGGAAUCAGGGUUUCCCAACUCCCCUAGGUGAACUCUCCAUGUCCACCAACCCGGUUAAAGCGCCAGACACUCUUUCCGUCCUCUCAAUUUCGUAAACAACACCCCCUCCACGAGAAGGCAGUGAGUGGGAAUUCCCUGGCAGAGGCUACAUACGCGUGACCAUGUGGAAGCAUUUGGAGAGGGAGAGCAGACUCUCCUCACUCGGCCGUACCAGGGUAUUUGGGGGCGGAUAAAUCUUUCGCCUUUUGGUGUCCAGGAACAUGGACAUGCUUUCUGACGUCCUACUACAAUGGCGUUCCUUGACCUCAAGGUACCAUCCAACUCCAGUGAUUGAGAGAAUCUGUUGCAUCGUUUUUCGUCAAAAGGUAUAUUGAAGAAGUACAUCAACCUUGUAAGGCUUUCUACUCGAACACUAUUGGUUGAGUCAGCUUAUUGCAAGCUGUCAUCGGAAUUGUUCAUCAGGCCUGUCCGCUUUUCCAAUUUUUGUUUAUAUUCGUCAUAGACACACUUUUAAAGAUAACACUUGCAUCAUCUGACUUCAAGGAUUGAUAUUCACUUGUUGACUUAGAAUACACAGAUAAUAUAGUUCUUUUUGGUGACAAAAUGCAGAGUUUUCUGACCUUAGGCAACAAUGCAAACUUGCUUGGGAUGCGGUUUUCCCCUUUUGGAUUCAAAAUAUCACUUCAAGAUAAGCUCCCAAAUUAAUGAUGGGGAGUAAAGUAGAUGAAGUUAUCGAUUGCUCCACUUAUAAUGGCAGCCUCACCAGUCCUGAUGGAUUGGAGUCUGACUAAAUUCAGAAGACGACUGGCUUUUGCCAACUGGCGUCACUUGUAGACUAAGUGAGUUAUCCGUCUUCCAACCACAGUGUGAGUUUAUUAUACAGCAG